AUGGAUAGUGGUGGUAAAUCAGCGGUUUCACAAAAUUGUUUCUCUUUCAUUGGGCUUCUGAUUUCUUCGUCUUCUCUCUCUUUCAAAGAAAGAGUGUUUGUGCCGAUUACGAAGCCUUAUGUAUCAUUUAUUGGUAGAAGAAAUCUAACUGCAGGUCCUGUAAUUACUUGGAAGAGUAAAUCUUCGGACAGAGGCCCAAAUGGUAGACAUUGGGAACCUACGGUUCAGCCGUUUGAGUCAGGUUUUUUGUGUGCAACUGGUGUCACUUUUAAGAAUACGGCGAUUGCAUCGGCAAGUGGAAAAGGAAUGCAGGCAGUGGCACUAAGAGUAGACAGUGAUUAUGCAAUGUUCCAUAGAGUUAAUCUUAGAGGAACACAAGACACUACUAUAGACAACACGGGAACUCACUAUUUAUACCAGUGUCUCUUCGAAGGAAAAGUUGAUUUCAUCUUUGGCAGUGCAAUUUCACUCUCCUGUUUUCUUCUUACAGCCAGCUGA